AUGAAUCCCUCAACGUCGCAACCAAGAAGUCUGAGAGUCAUCCGUAAGGGAUCAUCGGUCUUCUACCUCCAUAACGAGCAAUACCGAGAGGUGAAGGUUGUCGACGUUAAGAAGCGUUAUUCCGAUGACCCGGAAUACGUGAUUCAUUUCAAGGGGCAGGGAAGCGAUACUAACAUCACCAUCAAGUCGAGUGAGGCUCAUCCAAAGAUCUUCACCCAUCCGCAAGCGUCGGCUCAUGGACAGAAGAGACAUCGUGAAGAUGACGCUCCAACCAGUACCAUUCUUAGCUUUGAGCUAACCAUGAACAUCGUGGAUAACGGAUAUGACACCGAUGAGUAUACUCAUGAGAUUGGACGUAUUGUUUUGCCGAUUGAGUUGCGUCGAAUUCUCAAAAAAGAUGUCGACAUGAUUCGUACCAAUCAUCUUAAUGUCAUCAACGGACCUCAUACAGUUGAUAAGAUAUUGGAUGAUUUUGUGAAAUCGGCAAAUUUGACGCCCGAAGAGAUGGAACAGGCAAUGCGGAGUUCGAUUGAGUACCAAAAUGACGGGUAUUCGUUAACUGGACCUGGAAUGGUGGCUUCAGCCUUGGGAAUUAAAAACUAUUUCAACGCGUUGUUGAAAUCUCGCUUGUUAUAUUCUUUCGAACGCGGACAAUACCGUAAAAUGUAUCAAAUCGAUAAAGCAAUUCGUGACAGAGACGCCGGUACGAAUAGCGAUGACGAAAACGCGCCGCCAACAUUGUUCAAACCGUCAAAAUACUACGGUUUGGUUCAUUUGCUGAGGCUUUUGGCCACGAUUCCGGUUCAUAUUGAGUUUCCAAAAGGAGAGAAUACUGAAAAGACGUCGAUGAAGUUCAAAAUGGUGAUCAAUGGAACUUGUCAAAUCAUUAAAUACCUUCAUCAUAACUAUGAGCGAUAUUAUAAUGAGGACGGAUGGUUCCUGUCGAAUCCGAUUUAUCGCGAGACAUCGAAACAAACGCUUCCAGCGAUAGGCGCAAAGAUUGAUAUGAAAAAAAUUGAAGAAACUCUCGCCCGAGUUCAAAUGUUCGAGAUGCAGGCUGCCAAUGGAAUUGAGCCAGAUCUACCAAUUGAAGAAGCGAAAAUGGAGAACCCAAUGUAUCUACAACAGUUGCAACAACAAGUUCAUGGAAAAGAACCUGUUCCAGAGGAUCCGACGGCUCCUGUAAUAGGGGCGGGGCCAGAAGUUGAGGAGAACGAACCGGAAGUUCCAGCGGAGGAAGACAACGCUGAAAAGCAAGACGAAAAAGAAGGGGGAAAACAGACGAAGAAGCAAAGACGCAAGAAAAAUAAGAAGCAGAAGAAAAACUAA